AUGGAGGCAGCAGCAAAAGCCGCAGGAGCGGCCUCGGCGGCGGGAGCAGCAGCAGCAGCAAAUAUGUCGUCGACACCCCUGCACCACGUCCCGACCAGCUUGGGCUUCGGAUUCUACUUCCUCCCCUUCGCGACCGUCAUCUGCUUCCUAAUUCCGGUCCUCUACCUCUUCCCGCCGAUCCCGGCGACGACGAGCGACGCCCUCCGCGCAACCCACUCCAGGAUCGGCGUCGCGCCGGCCAAGAGCAACCUCCGAGACCAGUUCUCCGCCGCCCACCGCGAAGCACCACCCGCCGGCGCCGCCGCCGCGAAGCUCCAGGCGCUCUGCGUCUACCCCAUCAAGUCAUGCCGCGGCAUCGAGAUGGCCAAGAGCAAGCUGCUCCCCACGGGCCUCGAGUUCGACAGGCUGUACACCUUCGCCCAGCUCAAGUCGGCCUUCCCCGUCUCGGCCGACGACUCGGACGAGACCAAGGACAAGCACAGCUGGGAGUUCGUCACGCAGCGCCAGUUCCCCAUGCUCGCGACCGUCAAGGUGGACGUCUUCGUGCCGGACCCGACCAAGAGCACCGUCUUCAUGGAGCAGCGUUCCGGCGACGCGUGGAUCGUGUUCCGGUUCCCCUGGCAGGAUCGCGGGUUCGCGGGGCUCAUGCAGUGGCUCGCGGCCAAGAUCCGCGACGGGUGGCGCGCGGAGCCCGAGAUGGAGGUCCUGCUCCCCGUCGAGUUCCCCUCGGCCAAGGAGAUUGAGCAGCGCGGGUACGAGUUCGAGGACGUCCGCGUGUGGAAGGAGAUGGUGCCCGCGCUGAACAUGGGCAAGGAGAUCCCCGUCGAGCUGAGCCGGUACCUGGGCGUGAGCAACAAGCUCACGAUUUUCAGGGUCGAUCCGGGGCAGUUGAGGGAGGUGUACCGGUGCGCGCCGAGGAAGGAGGAGGCUGGGUAUCAGCCGAUUGUCGGGUUCCAGGACGCGUAUCCCCUCCACUUGAUGAACCUCAGCAGUCUCCAGGAGUUUGAUUCUCAGGUUCCCAAGGACGAUGAGCUCCAGCAGCUUGACGUCGCGAGGUUCCGCUCCAACAUCAUCGUCUCCGGCGCCCCGGCGUACGACGAAGAGUCGUGGAAGUCCAUCACUUUCACCCAGGGAACCUCAAAGACCACCACCACGCCCGUAAAGUUCCAGGUCUCCUGCCGCACAGUCCGCUGCAAACUUCCCAACGUCGACCCGGUGACCGGCCACCGUCACAACGUCGAGCCCGAUAGGUCUCUCCGCAAACUCCGCGAGGUCGACGAGGGCGCGCCGCGCAUGGGAUGCUUGGGCAUGCAGAUGUGCCCGCUCUUCGAGGGCACCGAGAGCGUCGAGUACAUGCAGGCCUGGCUCGAGGUCGGCAUGGAUGUCGAGGUGCAGGGGCGCGGGAACCAUGUGUACAUCAAGCAGUAG